CAAAGCUACAAAAGGGGGAAAACUGCGACUCUCCCGCAGCUUUCCGUCCCGGCAUCGGAGCUUCGCGUCAGAUUAUUUACACGUUUUAUCUCCCUUCGAUUCCCCGAUUCCAGUUCUAUGUUCGUAUUGCAGGAAUCUUGGCCGGGAGGGGCUGUUCUUGAUUUCAUUGAGUAUUUAUCUUUUUGGUUUAUGGCAUUGCAGUGCCUUGAGUUAGGACAGAUUUCAGAAAAUAACUCUUCUGACGCGGGUUCUGUUGAAGAAAUUGAUUCUCUGAAUCCAAGUUUUUGUAUUUCUAGUUCACUUUCCAAGUCUAAUAAGGCUGGGAAUCUACCGAAGAAAAACAAUUCACGGUUUUCUACGGCUGUAUUUGCUGCAAGGAAAUCUGUUAUAGCUAGUGAUUGCAGAGGAACUGGUGAUUAUCUUCCUAAUGGUUGUCGCUCAAUCAUCGACCUGCCUCCAGCUCUGGUUUCGGAGAUCCUGCACUGCCUUGACCCAAAAGACCUAGGAGUAGUUUGUUGCGUGUCAACGCUGCUUCAGAAUCUGGCUUCUGAUCAUCAUCGGUGGAAGGAAUUCUAUUGUGAGAGAUGGGGACUGCCAUUGGCUACAGCUGCUUCUCCUGGUUCAGGCCUACCAGGUGAAAAAACUUGGAAGGACUUAUUUGUGGAAAGGGAGCGCCGGAGCAAGUCGUUCAUGGGGCGGUUUAGCAUUGAUACUCUUCGUGGUCACACUGAGGCAGUUCGUGCGGUUUGUUUGCUGCAAUCUGCAAAGCUUGUAUUCACUGGAGGUUAUGAUUCUGUUAUCCGUAUAUGGGACAUGGUGGAAGGAUUAGCCCUAGCAGCUUCACAGCCUCUAGGCUGCACUAUUCGUGCUAUAGCCGUAGAUGCCGAGCUCUUGGUAGCUGGGGGCACAGAUGCUUUCAUACAAUGCUGGAAAGUAAUUGAGGGGAAUCCUCAUCUUUUUAACAUUGCAGGUUCCACUAUGAACCAGAAAUUUGAGAUUCGUCUCUGGGGCCAUCAUGGCCCUAUAACUUGCCUUGGUUUGGACUCUGCUAGAAUUUAUAGUGGCUCAUGGGAUAUGACCGUUAGAGUAUGGGACAGGGUUAACUUCAAGUGCAUCAGGACUUUGAGUCAUGGAGAUUGGGUGUGGGAUCUUGUACCUCGUGGUUCCACACUCGCGAGCUCUGCUGGCAGGGAUGUAUACAUCUGGGAUCCCAGUAAUGGAAAAUUGAUGGAUGCCAUUCAAAAUGCUCAUGUUGGUAAUACUUGCGCUCUUGCUCGAAGCUACUUGGGCGAUUUGUUGUUUACCGGCGGAGAAAACGGAGAUAUUAACAUGUUUGAGUUGGCUAAUAGCAAUGAUGAUAGUGAAAUUAAACCAUGUGCUACUUGGAAGCCACAUGAAAAUUCUGUUCAAUCACUUGCAUUUGAGUUCCCUUGGCUAGUUUCAUGUUCAAGUGAUGGAAGGUUAGCCUUGAUAGAUGUGAGGAAGCUAUUGAAAUCAGCUCAUUCUUUAGGUAGUAAAUAUUCAAGAGUCAAUCAGUCAUCCUCAAUUAAUUUGGAACCACCUCAAAGAAUGCUUCAUGGUUCUGGGAAUGGCUGGUUUUCUGUUGCUAUUGGUGCUGAUAGGAUUAUAUGUGGGGGAGAGGAGGGGACUCUCAGGCUCUGGGACUUCUCACAAGCUUUGGAAAUUGAGGAAAGGGUACAUGCAUUAAGAAGGAUUAGGUUGGAGCAUCGAAUGAGGCGGCGUAGGGUCCAAAUUGAGAUGAAUAGCAAAAGUGGACCAACUGAUCAGAUUCCAGGGGCGUUAAAGAAGAGCCAAAAAAAUGUCAACCGAAAUGCUUCUUGGCAUGUGAAAAGGCGAGACCAGAAAUCAAGAGGCUUUGGUAACUAAAUUUGCACUGCAAGAUCUACUUGACCAUUGCCUCAAUGUCCUUAAGGCUUAAAACUUCUGCUUCCUGAGGCACAUAUUUUCGUACUAAUCUCAUCUUGAUUUCAUUUGCUUGUUUUUGGAAACUCUGCUGCUCAAGAGGCUUAGUUUAAUUUGUAGCAGAGUUCAUUCAAAUCAUUCUUACAAAUGUUUAAGUUCUAGUAUAUAUUUUCCAUUUUACCCAA